GAAAUUCGGGAGUAGAAAUUGCUAGCCAAAAUUUGUCGGAGGGUGGGUGGAAGGAGUUCGACAUUCCGCGGCCAACAAGGCCCGGUGCAUCCUUCUCUUCGGAGGCUUUGGGGCUUCUUAACACUUGGAAAUCCAGGGGCAAUUUUCCAGAGAGGCUGUCGAGGGCUGUCAAGGGAGGCAUGUUCCUAAGGCCCUUCUCUUCUAUGGUGUGAAAAAAAAGGUUGGGGGGGCAGAAGCUCAGUGUUAGGGCAUCUGCACUGCACGCAGAAAGCCCCAGGUUCAAUCUUUGGCAUCUCCAGGAAGGGCUAAGAAAGACCCCUGUCUGAAACCCACACAAGCUGCUUCCCAUGCGUGUAGAUCAGUAUUUCCCAAACUUGGAUCUCCAGCCGUUUUUGAAUUACAAUUCCCAUCAUCCCCGACCACUGGUCCUGCUAGCUAGGGAAGGUGGGAGUUGUAGUCCAAAAACAACUGGAGACCCUCAGCCCUCUUAAUCAGGGACGAUGGGAGCCGUAAUCCCACAAACUGAAGAUUUAGAAACACUCAUGUGGACAGUACUGAGUGAGAUGGACUGAUAGUCUGACAGCAUAAGGCAGCUUCCUGUAAUUCUGUUUAAGCUGCUUCCUGUAAUUCUGUUUAAGCACCACCACUGAUGCUUUACAAUGUGGGUUGUGGCCUUGCUUCAGACAGGGCCCCUGGGACUUCAGCAGCUGCAAGAAAAGUUAUUGGUUUAUUAAUAUUUAUUAGAUUUAUAUACCACUCAAAAGAUCUCAAGGUUGUUCACAACACAGAAAUACAAGAUAAAAGCACAAAUAAAUAGUUAAAACAGAAACAACAACCCCCUCCUCCCACAAGCACAUUUAAAGGGCUUUACAAUGUUAAUCAGCGACAGACCCCAACACACCCCCACUUCAGGCAGAGUAAAGCUGUCAGGGAUUACAUCAACCUGUACAUUUUGCCCCUUUCAUUCAUAGGCAAGUUAAACAUGGUGAGGGGAGUGACACAGCCCUGCAUCAUCAGUAGGUCUCUGCCCCAACAGGAGGUGACCUGAGAAAGCGGUCUCUGUGUGUGCAGGCACUUGCAUCUGGCACUGAAUGCACAUUAUCAUGCAGGCUGUACACACCCAGGAGUCCUAUGGUACCUAAAAGACUAACAAAUGUAUUAUGCCGCUUGCUUUUUGUGAACCACAGUCCAUUUCAUCAGAUGCAUGAAAUGUUAUCCUGAGGUUUUGGUAUGGGGGGAGGGCAGGUAGAGGGAAAUGGUUAAAAGUGAAGUCAGAGGGAAAUGAAAAGCGGAAAAGUACAGAGAGUAAUAAUUCCAUAUUUAACAGUGGGACUUCACAAAUAGUUAUUGAGGGCAGAGGCACCAUUGCUUUGUAAAGCAGUUAACAUCUCUAAUAUGCUAAAAUCCUUUGUCUCGGUUCAGCCCACAAGUGAUAGCAUUGAACCCUUUCAGUCAAUUCAGUGGUUUCAUAUUGCAAUCUCCCUUUGAAUUUCCCUUGCUGCAGGAUGGCUACUUUAAGGUAAUUUACAGAGCAUUCUGGUAGGUUGAACCACUGGUUUUUGAAUAUUGCCAAUGGUGUCCAUUUAUUCUUCCAUAUUUAGACUGGCCUGUUUGUCCUGUGUAAAAUGCAGAGCAGCUUUGCUGGCAGAUGAGAACACAUGUUAUCACCUGGUUGUUCAUUGUGAUCAUUGUUUGCUCAUACUGGAGCUGCAAACAAAUACAUACAAAGCCAAGAAUGAAUAUUUAACCACUUGGAGCGUGCUGCUUAGCUAUGGUAUAUUUGUGCUACUGUGAGGGAAACUUUGGAGUCCUGUUACCAUCAUGCCAGGACACACCUAGUAACACACCGUUGCACAACACAACUGUCUGUUGUGAAUAAGCAAGGAGUCCAGAUAGAUCAGAACAGCAUUUCUAUACUGGAAAAAAUGCCUUUUGCUGCUAAUAUUUACUACCCACCACAACUGCCUGCACCCCGUCAUUAUUGGACAGGUAUGCCAGGCUCCACAUUUCCUGUGAACUUCCCAAGCAGCAGCCAUCUCUUGGGCAGCAUGCUCGCCGGUCCGAGCAUGUUCCCCGCCUUUAAAUUCCAGUUGCGGCGAGACACGAUCGACUGGAGGCGGUUCAGUGCCAUCGAUGUGGAGCGGGUGGCUCGCGAGCUGGACCUUGCCACUCUGCAGGAGAACAUCAACAGCAUCACCUUUUGCAACCUCGAUGCAGAAAAGUGCCCUUACUGUCAGCAGCCAGUUGACCCUGUGCUCUUGAAGGUCUUCAAGAUGGCCCAGCUGACCAUCGAGUACCUGCUGCACUCUCAGGAGUACUUGAGCAUGAGCCUGGCCCUUCAGGAAGAGCAACACCAAGCGACCCUGGAAGACCUCAAACGCGUCAAGCAGGACUGGGAUAAGCAAGCAGAAGAGCUGAAGGGGGUCAAGGAAGAGAGCAGGAGGCGGAAAAAGAUGAUUGCCACGCAGCAAUUGCUCUUGCAAGCUGGGGCCAAUAACUACCACAAGUGCCAAUUAUGUGACAAGACCUUCAUGAACUACUCCUUUCUUCAAGCCCACAUGCUGCGCAGGCACCCAGAGGCCACUGCAGCAGAGCAGGAGAAGAAGAAACAAGUGGUACAAAUGGAAAGUGAGAUUGAAGAACUGAAAGUCAAACUGAAGGAGACCCAUGCCCAACUGGAGGCUGAGAGCCAAAGCAGGGCUCAGGAAGCAGAGCACCUAAGGCAAAGAGAAGAGGAGAGUAUAAGAAAAUUUGAGAGAUGGAAGGAGGAGGAAAGGGUAAAGUUUCAAAGGGAGAUGGAAGACCUCCGGCACCUGUUCCUCACUGAAUUCAAGGACAUUGCCAGCAAGAAUUCCGCCUUGGAGGGGAAGCUGCAGGAACUACAAGGCAAGAGUGCAGUGGUCUCUAAUCUGGGGACAUUGCAGGAUGACGAGUCAUCUGACCAGCAGCAAUGGAAGAAGACUCAGAGGGAACUACAGGGGAUGAAGGCAAAGAUUGAGCAACAGAAAACAGAAUGGAAGUGGAAACUGAGGGAUCUUCAGAAGGAACACCAGAUGGAGAAGGAAGAGCUGAAGGGUGAGAAUGAGAGACUAUGGGCCUCCAUGUCUUCUGACCAAUGGAAAAUGGCUGAGCACAGCAAGCAGCAAAUAGCAUCCCUCAGUGCACAACUCAGGGAACAGGUCAAGAUCAUCCAGUCACAGGAGAAAACAAUUAAGCUCUUGUCUUCUAGCAAACCUAAAGAAAUAACUGUUCCCAAGGCAGAAACAACAGAAGAAUCUACUGAAGAAGAACUGGAAGAUACUCUGGACAGAAAGAAGAGGGUUCUAGAAGCACUGAGGAGGAAUCCAAACUUGCUGAAACAGUUCCGGCCAAUUCUGGAAGAGACCCUUGACGAGAAACUGGAGAGCAUGGGAGUGAAGCGGGGUUCAAAAGGUAUCCCUGCUCAAACCUACAAACAUUUGAGAGACGUGAUAAAAACCCAACAACAGCAGAAGGCCAAAAAAUUUCCACAGCUCCUCGCCUUAAGAAACAAAAUUGAGCAAGAAGUGAAAAGGAAAGUCAAAAGGGGUCAGAAGGAUGAAAGCGAUCUCUCGCUGCCACUCUCGGGAACCUCAGGUAAAAGCCAAAGGAGCCCACAGUCUCCAAUCCAGGUUGUGUCUUCUAAGCCCAGAAUGCAACAAGUUGAAUUCAAGCCUUAUGCCUCAGAGAUGCCCAGACCAGCCCCUCGGAGCAAAGUGAGCUCCAAGGCCAGUUCAGUGGAGACCCCCAGGAUGCCUUCUCCAAAGCAAGUGAGGAGCAGCACACCAUCUCUUCAAUACUCUGCUGCCCAUCAUCCCAGCACUUCACCUUUCAGCUCUGAAGAAGAAUCUGAAGAGGAAUCAAACUAUACAUCUCCAAAGUUUGCACCCCGCAAGACAGAACCAGACCCUCCCAGAGCAACGCAGAAUGAAGAGAGUGACUGGGAUUCAUCUGACAUAGAAUUGUCUGAGGGGAAAGGCAGUAUGGGAAGGGUCCUUGCAACAGCAGCAGAGACUCGUUCGGAAACAGUGGUGCAGUCAAUGGCCAAAAAUCUGGAGAGGACACUCAGUGCAUCUGGGAAAAAGCCUGCUGGUGGAGUUAAACUCUUUCCCAUCAAUACCAAAGAAGCUCCUAAACCUGCCCCAACUACUAAAAAAAUCCAGUUCGUUGAUGAGGAGGACAGUGACUUGGAGAUUUCUUCCUUAGAGGAAGUCACCCCACACCUGGAGACUAAUAGCAAGAAGCCACCAGCCACACGGAGCAGCGGGGACUCAGCUGAGUCUCGGGGCACCAGCCUCUGGGGUUCCGGCAGCACAAGGGCUGGCGCCUGGUAAUCUUUGCAUUGAGCUGAGCUGUGUGAGACAACAGGCUCCAUUUGAGAUGGAACAGCUCCUGGGGCAAGCCAACGAAAAGGAUGCUGAACUUUCAGAGAGAGAGAAUGUGAAUACCUACAAUGCUCAGGAUCAUAACUUUUGACCAUAGCUGCCAAGUUAUCCCUUUUUUUAAGGGAUUUUCCCUUAUGCUGAAUAGGCUUCCUCGUGAAAAAAAGGGAAAACUUGGCAGCUAUGCUUUUGACUCAAGUGUGAAACUGUUUUGCUUGAAUGUUUUCCUCCUUAGUAAAAAAUGAGAUAAAGUACUAUUUCACUGGAAAUCUCAGGUGACAAAAGCUUUGAAACAGUAACUUGUAGGACUGAGAAGAAAUAUCAGCCCUAGCUUUGUAGCCCCUGCAUUUCAUUGAUGCUUCAAAGGGAGGCGUUUGAAGGGAGUGAAGUUCACCUUUUGAUGAAGGGAGCACCUCUCCACUUGAUGUUGAACUAACAAGAGGAAGCUCCCUGCUCUUUCUUUCUGUGGAGGAGCAUUCAGUCAUAUGAGUCCCCAGCUGUAGUCUAAAGUGCAAUAACCCAAAGCAGAAGCAUCAUUAUCACCUCAAGUAUAGCUAGACGUAAGGCAUUCAGGGCCACACAUCUACUGAACGCAUAGCAACAUCUCUCCUUGCUCUUUACCCCAUGUGUUUUUGCCCAAUAUAGAUGAGUGUAAAUAAGUUUUUUAAUCUAUAUUGAAUGCUUUUCACACUAAAAUGCUUUCAUAAUUUUAAAGACUAUUUUUCUAUUUGGGGUAUUUUUCUAUUGAAACUUGUUCCGAUUAGACUAGUUGUCGGAGAUAACAUGAUCCAAUGGAAAGACAUGUUUUCCCACCAAACAGG